AUGGCUGGUUACGCCCCUCGCUUCGAGGAACUGAAGCGACAGAUCCUCUGCCAGAUACCAAAAGCCACCGUGACUGGCACAGUAGGACGCAAAUCGUCCUUUGAGGUUGAAGUAAAUGGUGUCAAGGUGUUCUCAAAACUUGAAAAGAAUGCAUUUCCAGACUUUGCAGAGGUUGUCCAGAAAGCACUCGAAGCCAGCAAUGGCAAAGAGGUGAAGCCUUGCGAGGGGGUUGGCAGCAGGUGCACCAUAUUGUAGCAUGACACCUCGUUGGACAUUUGCUCUGCUGGACGACCGUGCAGUUGGCAUUCCUGGACAAUAGUCGAAGGUUCGGGAAAUACGCAAAAAUGAUGGCUUGGCCCCAAACCUUGAAAAGGGUCUUGCCUGAAGAACCGCCGUCUUCCUACCUGGUGCUACUUGCUCUGUGGAAAGCCAUUCAUGUAUGGACUAUGCAGAAGUAAAUGAAUAGUUGUUGUUGUUUCUUUUUUCA